AUUAAAGAUAUUUUAAUUUAACUAUUAAUGGCAUUUGACUCUGGCAUGCUUGUCUUCUCUUCUCUGCUCCGCUCUCUUAGUCUCAUGCACAAUGGCCAUUUGCUACCAGCCUCCGUUGAAUACCAUAAGCGUUCGAACCUCAACUACUUUCUCCUCCACUCCCAAACCCCCGUCUUUGCGCUGCAACCUCUCUCUUCCCUUCACAACCCAAAUACGCGAACCUGAACCAUUAUUGGCCUCCGUCAAGGCCUUCGCACCGGCUACCGUGGCCAACCUCGGCCCCGGAUUCGACUUUCUCGGUUGUGCCGUGGACGGCCUCGGUGACUUCGUGUCACUCUCCGUCGACCCCAACGUCCACCCAGGACAGAUAUCCAUUUCACACGUCUCUGGCGACUCCUCCUCCAGGCUCAGCAAGAACCCCAACUGGAAUUGCGCUGGCAUCGCUGCCAUCGAGGUCAUGAAGAUGCUCGGCAUCCGAUCGGUCGGCCUAUCGCUCUCCCUCGAGAAAGGGCUCCCCUUGGGGAGCGGUCUCGGCUCCAGCGCCGCCAGUGCUGCCGCCGCCGCCGUGGCCGUCAACGAGAUCUUCGGUGGGAAACUGGGGCCUGAGGAGCUCGUCCUUGCCGGGUUGAAGUCGGAAGAGAGAGUCUCAGGUUACCACGCCGAUAACGUGGCCCCGGCGAUCAUGGGUGGCUUCGUUCUGAUCCGCAACUAUGAGCCUCUGGAGUUGAUGAGACUCAGCUUUCCUGCCGAGAAGGAUCUCUUCUUUGUGCUCGUGAGCCCGGAAUUCGAGGCACCCACCAAGAAAAUGCGGGCGGCUUUGCCUGUUGAGAUCGGGAUGGCGCACCACGUUUGGAACUGUAGCCAGGCCGGGGCGCUGGUUGCAUCUAUCUUGCAGGGGGACCUGGUGGGAUUGGGGAAGGCCUUGUCAGCGGAUAAGAUCGUGGAGCCGAGGAGGGCGCCUUUGAUUCCCGGAAUGGAAGCCGUGAAGAAGGCGGCCAUUGAGGCCGGGGCUUUUGGCUGUACGAUUAGUGGGGCGGGGCCGACGGCGGUGGCGGUGAUAAAUAGUGAGGAGAAGGGGGAGGAGAUUGGGGAGAGCAUGGUGGAGGCGUUCUGGAAAGAGGGGAAUUUGAAGGCGGUGAAGGCAGUGAAGAGGCUUGACAGGGUUGGUGCCAGGCUUGUUUCAUGAUCACUGCAAUUUUUUUAUAGGAUAAUGUUUCUGCUUUUUGGUGACUUGAUUUUGGUUUUGGUUUUGGUUUUGGUUUUGGUGUUUGAUUUUGUGUUGCAAGCAGCAAAUUGGAGUAUAUGAUGGCCAAUGACUGACUAUUGAAACA